GUUGUUAUGACGCGAUGCAUGCCGGGAAAACAAUAAGAAUCCAAUAUGGCGACUUCCACGGGACAAGAUGGAAAGACUGUCUGUACCUCGGAUGUUGAUCUAUUACUGCACCCUGAGCUGUUGUCUCAAGAGUUUAUGCAGCUGAUAUUAAGUGGGAAACAUGUCAGUACAAGGGACUGUGAGAGUCGGGAUCAGCUCACAGAGCUUUACCUCCGGCAUGUCAUCCCGCGGCCGCAGAGGACUUUACCCGACAGCCGCUGGGGCAAGAGGAUGGAGAAGACCCGAGCGAGACAGACACCGGCCGGUCACAGGUCAGUCAGUUCCAGUAACGACCACAAUAGGAAAAGGCCUCUGAUUGUGUUUGAUGGCAGUACCUCUCACUCUGGCCCACUAAAAGUAAAGAAACCAGAGGUAACUACUGUGUCAGCAGGAAUCACUGACCGGUUAAAACCUCCUCCUGCUGCAAGCCUGUCCAACCCUAUCCGCAGGCUAUCUGGAAACACAUCUUCCUCAUCCAUUCAUUGCAGCACUGACACAGCGAACCUCAAACGAGAAGCAAACAGCUCGGAUGAAAUGAAGUCUCCAGAGGUGAAGAAAAAGAUCCAGCAUGUGACAUGGCCCUGAUCUCUGACCCCUAUUCACAUAGACCUGAUGUGAGCUUGGACAGAUCACUCCCUUCCAACCAAAUGUUGUUGUCCAGUAUUUGUGCUCUUCCCAUCACAGUUAUCACACUAAUUACAUCACAAAAUGGAUGGAAACCCUUUUUACCUGUGUGUCCAGGCCACCUCACAGCUCUCGCUCAGUCCCGAGAGCUGACCGGAUGGGGUGGUGCUCCGAAGAUCAUCCAGCUUUUGAAGUCACCGGGUUCCUUGUUGCUUUCCACAACCUCAAGUGCCCUUUCCAUCGAUGACCAGCAACUCUCCUCAAGUCUCACACAUGAACACCUUCUAGAGGACAAAACAAGUGACAUUUCUUUUGUUUUCUGAAAUGCUGUUUAUGGGAAUUAUGGUUGUUGAUGUUCUUGUUUCUGUGCACGAGUUGGUUUUGGUCAGAGGGCCUCCAGUACUGACUUGCAAGGGUUAAAGGGUGAUUUUUCUGCCAGGUUUUUUACAUUUUGUAAUUGGUAGUACCAUGACUUGAAUAGACAGAUUGUUUUUGACAUAAAUGCCAUAGACUCUCAUAGUUUGAGAUUUUGACUGAUGGACAUAUCUAAUAAACAUUGUGAACACGUUAUGAGGUAGUGCUAAAAAAAUAACUGUUUUUCUCUGGUGUACAUUUCAAAGGAAACAAAUCACAGAUUAUGCAGAUAGAAUUUUAGAAGGUGUGUGUGUGUUUGAACCGGUAGUUGGUGUAAUUUUUCUUCUCGAUAAACUCCAUUCCACUGAGGUUUGGCCUCGGUGCUGUUUCACAAGUUGUUCAGGGUUUUUGAAUAUUAGUGUAGUGUGCUAUUGUACAUUUUAUAAAGCUGGAUCAUAAUUCAUUGCUAAAUAGGGGUGUCACGAUUCUCCAGAUCCACGAUUCGAUUUGACCUUAGAUUUUAAGAACAUUGAUUUAAACUUUUUCUUUUCAUCACUGACAGCUAUGCCACAAAGAAGAGCCACUAUAUUGCAAAAGGGUACUUUACAACAGUUUGAGUUUUGCAGAGUUUAACGUUCAACGUUCCUUGUUUGUUUACGUAACUCACAGGGAAGACAAAAUGUUGCCACACUGACUUCAGUGAAGCAGGAUUUUCCAGUUCUAUUGUUUCUCCAUCAUCUCCGACUUCAGCCGUGUUCAUGAUGUCU